AUGGCUUCGACAUCGCGGCUCACCCUCUCGUCGUGCCUCGGGUGCCUGCGCGCCUCGACGCAGCCCGUCGCCUCGUCGUCGCGCAGCGUCAUCGUCGCCCCCUUUUCCACCACGGCCUCGUCUUCGUACUCGGCACCCACUCCCGAGGACGCCACCGCGCGGAAACCGCCGCAUACGGCAUCCGCAGAGUCGCUCGAUGCCUCCAACGCCUCCUCGCCCACCAUCGUUGGCGGCGGCAGGAAGUCGGCGGGACGAGGGCGCCCGAAGAUGCUCCCGCCCUUUCCCGAGUGGAUGGCGGGCGACGGGCGACACUACAAGCAGCCCAAGCCGGGCUCGGGUCCUAGCUGGAUCGGCGAAACUCCCUUCCCUCUCAACCCAGCCUUCAACCCGCCGCCGCCACUAAGACAUGCAGUCAAGACCGAUAUCUGGAAGCUGCACACCUCUGACCCGGUCAAGUGGACCAUCCCGGCGCUGUCGCAAAAGUUCAAUAUCGGGAAAGAGAGGAUGGCUGCCGUGCUCCGGUUAAAGGCGCUCGAGACUGAGUGGACUUCGCAGGCCAAACCGCUGCAGACCGAGUUCCAGUCCAACAUGGACCGAUUGCUGGGAGCAAAGACGAAGGGUGUCGAUGAGCCCGCGCCGGCCGUCCAGUCGAGUGACGCCAGCACGCGAGGGCCGCAGCACGAGGAGUUUGCCGACUCGGCGUCGCCCAACGCGCGUUCGGUCAUCGCACCAGCCAUGACCAAGUUGUCGGCCAAGCGGAGGAGCAUGAUUGCCUCUCUGCCCUCGGGCGGUCCCGCCGCGGGCAAGGUGCAGCCGAGGUCGGUCAAGAACGCCCCCUCGCCCACGGCGGCCACGUCCCGACCCAGCCUGUUGAUCACCAACGUGCCCGCCUCGAGCUACGAGGGCGCCGGCCGCGUCGAGCGCAACCUCAAGCGCGCCGCCAAGCGCGCAAAGUCGCGCAAGGCCACCGUCGCCAACGCCAAGGCCGCAAAGUCGACCCGCAGCAACGCCGCCAAGAAGAACUCGCUCAAGACUGUCGCCGGCACCGUCAAGAAGCCCAAGGCCGUCCGCGCCUAG